AUUCUAAAUUUGCAUUAAUAUAGUAGAACCAGUGAUAGCUAGAUUACAUUAAAUUAUAUUAUAUCACAUUCUAACUGGUCUCGUUAAAUCAAAUAAUAUUAAAUUCAAACUGGUCUUGCUUGUUUUUCUUCAGGAUACACAAAUUGAUAACAAAAUAAAUUUAAAAAAAAUUAAAAUCACUUCAAAUUUAACACUUUAAAAAACGCAUUAGUUUCAGUAUACAGUAUUCAUGCAUAUAGUUUCAUACAAUAAUAUUUCAGGAAAUUUUGACUCAUAAUAAAACUGUUCAUUAUAACUGCAGACUAAGUUAAACUCUUUUUAAUCAGCACAUCAAUGCCAUAGGCUGGCUUUUGUCAUUUAUGACAUUCUUUACUAUGAUGACUUUGACUUACAAGUGGAACCAAGGAAUGCACGCUAACCCAGGCGUCUUUGUUUCAACUUUAUAUGGCUGCACUCACAGACUGGCCUGGACUCUGUGUCUAGCGUUUAUAACAUUAUCCUGCACUUGGGGGCAAGGCGGAAUCAUCAAUAGUAUUCUGAGUUGGGAAGGCUUUGUACCAUUCGCCAGAUUGACUUACCUGGUGUACCUCGUUCAUUAUGGUCUAAUGUAUAUUUAUACUGGGUCCAUAAGGCAGUCAAUGCUGUUAGGACAUCGGACUAUGAUCUUCAUAUUUUUCAACAAUAUGAUCCUCAGUUUCUUGACAGCUUUUGUGCUAGGUUUAUUCUUUGAAUCGCCUUUAAUGGCAUUAGAGAAAGCAUUCUCGGAUGGAAAACUGAGAAAAGAAAUUAUGCCAGUCAAUGCAGUAAAUGAAAUUGUUAUUAGGAAGAAUGAAUUGCUACAUGAAUAUUGAAUUGCUUGAAUAUGACAGAUAUAAUUUUUCAAGACGUCUUCUUUUGAGAAGUGCCUGUCCAUUCUUCAUUCGUGCUGCCUUUAAAGGCAUCGUUGACUUUCAAGCUGUUUCAGCCUUUGAUAGUCUAUCAAUCAUUAGUCAUUUAUUGAAUUAAAAAAAACUGUAACAUAAUAAACUAUAGUAAUAUAUUGAUUUCAAUAAAUUGUUUUGAAACAUU